CCCUCACGCUUCCCGCCUCCUUAAAUAGCCGCGUUCCUCCUCGUGAGUUUCCAGGGAACCUGCAUGUACGAGCAAAGCCACAGUUACUGCUACCUUGCACACGUGAAGAUAGAGAUUGCUACGUCCAUAGUCAUUGGGUGUAGUAGAUCGGAGCUGCUGCCCUAACACUGAAUGUCUGAGCACGGCGGGCCACCCUCGCCGCGGUCGUCGGGGAAGCACCCCUUCUACCGUGGCAUCCGGAGCCGGAGCGGCAACUGGGUUUCCGAAAUCCGGGAGCCGAGGAAGGCGAGCCGCAUCUGGCUCGGCACGUUCCCGACGGCCGAGAUGGCCGCCGUGGCGUACGACGUGGCCGCCCGCGCGCUGCGCGGGCCCCACGCGGCGCUCAACUUCCCCGACCUGGCCACCUCGCGCCCCGCGCCGGCGUCCACCUCCGCGGACGACAUCCGCGCCGCCGCCGCGGUGGCCGCGGCGGCACUGCAGCAGCUGCCCCGUGGCGCUGCCGGACGCGGCAUUGCUCCCGCGGCCGCUGGAACAGCGCGGCAGCAGCUCAGCGGGAGCAGCGCGGCGGCGCAGCAGGAAGGCAGCUCCGCAGCGAGCCCGUACUUCCUGGACGAGGAGGCGCUCUUUGAGACGCCACAAUUCCUGCGCAGCAUGGCUGCCGGGAUGAUGAUGAGCCCCCCCAGGCUCAGCCCCAACUCGUCCGACCACUCGCCGGACCCGUCAGAGGCCGGGGAGAGCCUCUGGAGCUACCGUGAUCCGUAGAGAUUCCGUAUUCGUGCUGAACUUGGAAGCUGGCCGGAAUGAUAUGGGAGAGAUAAGGAGGUACACACAUACAGGUGCCCGCCGUGGAGGGAAGGACGACUCCUUUUAUAUUAAUUGUCGCUUGAUCUCCUUAUAUUUUAUCCAUUAUUAUUAGAUCAUUGCAGUGCAUGAUAUGAAACUGCAAGGGUAUGUAUGUAUGUAUGUAUGUAUGUAUGUAUGUAUGUAUGUAUGUAUGUAUACACAUGAAAUGCCAGGUGGGUCAUGAGACCUCUGUGCCGUGCCGGUGUUGUAUAAGUGAAUGUAGUUGUGUAAGAUCGUAUUGUGCAAAUUAAUCGGUAUUUUGGCGGUCGAUCAGCUAUAAGAUGUGCGCGCAGCUCA